CACCCCCUAAAACACCCCGUACCGAACACCGUUCGUUUUUCCGUUCCCGUUUGAAGGACCUUUGGUUUGAAUUCAUUCCCUCCUGGUGACUUGAGUGGUGAAGUGCAGAGCUGCUUCCCAAACCCGAAAACAAAUCAUCAUCGAUUCCUCAUGGCUUCUGCCUCAGCUUCUCGUAGCGAUGGCGGUGUUGGGAGGAUGAGAAAUGCAGCGUUGAUUAUGUACGAAGAAAACCAGUCUCUCAUCGCGGACAUUCGAAAAGCUUUGGCCGUCAUUAAAGGAAUCGCAGUUGACUUGGAGAGGGAUAACCAGUAUGAGAAGGUGGGGGAGCUUGAAGGAGUUGUCCUCGAGCUGUUGGUAAAGUCGGAAGAAUGCGCACAUUUCUCGUCGGCUAUUCAAUCUGUUGCAAACAACUAUCAAGGAUGUCCUCCUGGAGAUGAGUUAACAGAUUUUAAGAAGUUGCUUGAUGAUGAGGUCAAGAAGAUCAAGGCUACUUCGUCUUCGCUCCCACAGAAACAUAUUUUGUAUAGGCAGUUCAAGGAAGCCGUCUGGAAUGUCCAUCAUGCUGGGCAAUCAAUGCCAGGUGAAGAAGAGGAGGACAUAGUAAUGACCAGUACUGAGAGCAACAUUUUGAAUGUCACAUGCCCAUUGAGUGGAAAGCCUGUUACAGAACUGGCAGAACCUGUACGCAGCAUGGACUGUAAACAUAUUUAUGAAAAGAAUGCAGUGCCGCACUACAUGAAAUCCAAGGGUGCACAUCCUCAAUGUCCUGUAGCAGGUUGCCCCAAGAUACUACAGGCAGGGAGAAUAUUAUGUGACCCCUUAUUGCGUGUUGAAAUUGAGGAACUGCGUUUAAUGAGCAAGCAAAAUGCAUGUCCAGCCAUGGUCGAAGAUUUCACUGAGUUAUGAAGCUGCAGCAAUACUAAUCUAUAAGAUGACAAUGGAUUCCAUUGCAUUUCAUUGGCAUAAUUGUCAUCUUUGAGUUGGGGGAUGCAUAGUUGGUGUGUGUAAGUACUCCCCCUGUUCAUUCCAUCCCUUCCCUCCUUGCUUUCUUGAUGUUGAGGAUAAGAUAAUGUAUUCACAAUUGUCAUAUAAUCUGUAGUACGCAUAUUUUAGACUAGUGUAACAAAUCAGUACUUUUAACACUUUCUAAAGAGUUGCUGUCCAAGCAAGAGGUUAUUGAACGACUAAA